AUGUAUCCUACUGACUCGGAAACAGUUCAGUCCAAAUUGGACGAAAGCGAAAUCACCUCGGCCAUCACUGAAGAUGAAAACGUUAGGUUCGAAGAAGAAAGGGGUCGUUCUAGAGUGCCUAGAAAGAGAAGAUUUUCUCGCCACUCCAGAGAUGAUUCUUCUCUCUUCACGGUGAAAGAAAGAGUAAAACCGGAAGUUGUUUUGCCAACUAUCUUCAGGACUGUCUCUCACAAGGUAGAAAGUGAACUUGAAAACAAAAACAAGUUAGAAUCAACCAGUACAAAGUUCACUAGAUACACAUAUCACACCCAAUCUCCAGAGACAAUAGCCAGUAAGUUCACUACUAGUUUGUCGAAUGGGUUAUCUGAUUUCCAAUGCAAGAAAAAUGCUAAGGAGUUUGGUCCCAAUGUUCAGUCCAAGCCACCCUCCAGGCUCUUGAAGAAGAUUUUUAUGUACUUUUUUGGUGGUUUUGGGGCCUUGUUGCUUGCCGGUGGUGUCUUAUGUAUCAUUUGUUGGAAGCCUUUGGGCCAACCUCCAGCAGUUGCAAAUUUAGUGCUUGGUAUCAUCUUGAUUAUCGUUUUCAUCUUGCAAGCAAUGUUCAACUUCUUCCAGGAUUAUUCCAGUUCCCGUGUUAUGGAUUCUAUUCAUGACAUGAUUCCAGCAGAAGCUGUUGUCAUUAGAGAUGGAAAUCUUAUGAAUGUUGCUUCCAAGGAUUUGACAGUCGGUGACUUGGUCAAAUUUACCGUCGGGUCGAAGAUUCCUGCUGAUAUCAGAAUUGUCGACUGUUCUCCAGAUCUAUCUUUCGAUAGAUCUGUUUUGACCGGUGAAUCGAAGCCUAUACCUGCUGCAUCUCUAGCAGAGCCAGAAAAGUCAAACUAUCUUGAAAGCAAUUGUAUUGCAAUGCAAGGUACAUUUUGUGUCGCUGGAACCGGAAGAGGUAUUGUAGUAUCCAUUGGUGAUGAAACAAUUUUUGGCUCUAUUGCCAAGAUGUCGUCAACUCCAAAAAAAGGAUUAUCUCCAAUGCAAUAUGAAAUUCUUCGAUUUGUUGCUUUGACUUCUUUGGUUAUCGUCAUCUUAGCUGUUCUUAUUAUCGUCCUAUGGGCUACUUGGUUGAGAAAGGAUUAUCCUGGUUGGAUAAGUGUUCCUACCUUGAUCGUUGAUAUUGUGUCUGUUGCUGUUGCUUUCAUACCAGAAGGUUUACCUAUUGCUUUAACUACAUGUUUGAUUAUUACUGCUAACGAAAUGAGAAGGAAUAAUAUUUUGUGCAAAUCAUUAGCAGUUGUCGAAACGUUGGGAUCCAUUAGUGUUUUGUGUUUUGACAAAACUGGUACGUUGACCAAGAAUAUGAUGGUGGUUACAGACGUUUGCAAUGGUACUUCUGAGGUAGAUUUUGAUGAAGUUGAUCAAACCCAGCCAAAAGAUAAACAUCUUUUGACUGUCUCGGCAUUGUGCAACGAAUCCUGUUUAGUCAAUGGAAAGGCAGUUGGUGGAAAUGCUACGGAUAGAGCCAUCUUACAAUUCGCCCAGAAGAUGACUCUGACUGAAGAAAUUAAGGACGCUUGGGUAAAGAAGCUUGAUGUCUCUUUCAAUUCCAAGGAUAAGUACAUGAUGAGUAUGUACGAGCCAAAGAUCAAUAAUUCCUCCAUUUGGAGUGAUAUCUGCUUGAAUUCGGACUACAUUUAUGAGGAAACAUAUUUCAUAAUGGUGAAAGGUGCACCUGAUAUCUUAUUGGAAAGGUGUGAGUUGUUGUUGCAAAAAGAUGGAACUUGCACUCCUAUUACUAAUGCUCAAAAAGAGAGAAUAAGGGCUAUUCAACAAGCCUGGGCUCUGAGCGGUAAGAGGGUUAUAUUGUUAGCUUCCAAAUUGCUUCCCAAAGAAAGCAUUGAUUUCACUGAUAGAUUGCAGGCCACUAAACGUUUGAAGGAAGAUAUUAACAACAAUUUGAUCUUUAUUGGUAUGCUUGGUAUAGAAGAUCCACCAAGAAAGGAUAUCGACCAAGUAAUUGCCAAAUUGAGACAAGCUGGUAUCAAAAUUAUUAUGAUCACCGGUGACUUCGAGUUGACCGGUUUGUCCAUUGCAAAACAGUGUGGUAUAAUAACAACAGAGAAGAUAGAUAAAGUUUCGGACUUGGCUUUCUAUGCUGAAGAAGACGAAUUCAUGGAAAAGUCUAUCAGUAUUACUGGUCCUGAGUUAAACAAUUUAGAUGAAGCUCAAUGGGAAAACUUGAUCAAGUAUAAUGAAUUGGUGUUUACUAGAACCACCCCUGAGCAGAAACUCUUGAUCAUCAAACAAUUCCAAAAGUACAAGCAGGUUAUUGGUAUGACUGGUGAUGGUAUCAAUGAUGCCCCUUCAUUGAAACAAGCUGAUAUUGGAAUUUCGAUUGUCGAUGCUUCUGAUAUUGCCAAAGAAGCAUCCGAUUUGAUUCUUAUGAGCGGUGACAGCGACGAUCAUUUAUUCUUUUCGAUUAUCGAAGCGCUAAAGUUUGGUAGGUUGGUGUUUGAAAAUCUCAGAAAAACUAUCGGUUACCUCUUACCCGCCGGCACCUACUCUGAACUUUGGCCUGUUCUCUUGAAUGUCAUUUUCGGUAUGCCUCAAAUGUUAUCUUCUUUCUGCAUGAUUAUUAUUUGUUGCAUUACCGAUUGUAUCGGUGCUAUCGUUUUGGCAUAUGAGCCGAAUGAGAGAAAUUUGUUGAGCAAAAAACCGAGAAGUGUGACAAAGGAAAGAUUGGUUGACUUCAAGUUAUUUUUACAUUCAUAUUUCAUUGUGGGUACAUUCUACACGUUCACAUCAAUGUUGUUGGCAUUUUUAAACCUCAAGAGAAAUGGAAUAAGGUUUGGAGAUGUGACCUUAUCGUAUGGUUCCUAUGAAGACAUUCCAAAUAUUGACCAUCACAUCAAUGUCUCAUCUUCUAUCUACUUUGUCAAUUUGGUUAUUAUGCAAUUGUUCAACUUGAUGGCUAUGAGAGUAAGAUACUUGAGCACUUUUCAACAUUCUCCGUGGCUAAACAAGAGAUUGUUUAUUGUUAUGCCAAUUGCUCUUGGUGUGACAUUCAUCAUUAAUUACAUUCCUGGUAUUCAAAAGGGAUUGAACUCUGGUCAGGUACCUGUGGAAUAUUAUUUCAUCUCUGUUGGCUUUGGUUUGGUUGUGUUGGUGUAUGACGAGGCUAGAAAGUUCAUUUCCAGAAGAUACCCUAAGGGUAUCGUUGCCAAGAUGUCGUGGUAG